UCACCUGCUGAUGACUCGGCGUCAUCCAGUCUUUCUGUAAAGCUAUUCAACAUCGCUUUUUGUUUCUCAAGAGGAAGACUCCUUAGCUGGUAGGUCUCGCCCUGGAGCUGCUUUGGAGUGAUGAGAAACUUCUCAUAAAACUCAGAUGACGGCUUUUUUUCAGCAUUGAUCCUAAUCGGAAUGGCUUAACAAGCAUGAAUUUACGUCUAUGGCUGUGCAUGAAAGGACAAAUGUCAGGAGGCAACGUAUCUACUACUGCCAUUCACCCACAAUGUGAGCAAUCGUUUCCAUUGCACACCUUAUCUACGGUUUUACGAGCGCCUGGAGCAUGAUUACAGAGGCAAAGACUAAACUGAAGACAUAAAAAUGCUGCUGUGGAAUUCUACAGGUGCAGAGGAUCUGCUAGGAAACGGUAGCGACAGAAGGCAAGGCAAUGUGGAGCAAGUCCUCGUCCCUAUUUUUGAUGUCCUGAUCCUGGUGUUGGGUGUGGGGGGCCACAGCAUGGUGAUGGUGAUCCUCUGCAGGAGGUACAGGAGGAAGGUGGGUCAGUCUGCACAGAGCUCCAUGACAGGAACGGGUACAGACGUCCUCCUGCUGGCCCUCAGCUCUGCAGACGUGCUCCUUCUCGCCACACUUCCCUUUCACACCACUGCCAUCGCCGUGCAGCAAUGGCCGUUUGGAGACUUCCUGUGUCGCCUGGCGGGCUUUUUGGGAUCGGCCAGCUCCUCAGCCAGUGCCUUCACGCUGUCCACCCUGGCGGUGUCUCGCUACAUGACGGUGGUGCACCCCGCCAGAGCUUACCGCCUCCUGUCUCCUCGCCGGGUGAGCAUCGCUGCCGCGAUUCUUUGGGUGCCAGCCUUCUGCCUGGCGACGCCGCAGUUAGUGUUCCGCUCAGUGGGAACCCCUCACCAUAGCUCCGAUGGGCUUGCAUGCUUCGCUUUCCUGUCCCACAGAGAUCAGCUCAUCUACGGAUUGUUCCACUUUCUCAUAGCUUUCUUGCUCCCGCUAAUCACCAUCGCCAUUGCUUAUGGAAACAUCUACUUGUUCCUGUGGAGGACUCAGAAGGCCCGCCAGGCUCCACAAGUAGAACGCUACCAGAGCAAGGUAACCCAGACGUCUGCAAUGCUGGUUCUGGCAUUUACUCUCUGCUGGCUGCCUUCUUACGGCCUGAUGCUGGCCUUACUGUCCGAUCAAAGCUCAGGCGCCACCGGCACCUCGCCACGAUACGGCUCGUUCACAGUGUUCGCACGACUCAUGGCAAUCACUUCCACUGUGCUAAACCCCAUGCUCUAUGUGCUCGUGUCCCAAAAGUUCAGACAGGACCUGCAGAGGUUGUUCAAGAGGGGAGGGCAGAGCGCCAGUGGGGGUGCGACUCCCUGAUUGAAAGCCAUUAAUCCCCGGACGAUCUACUGUACUGGGAGCUGCAACGAAUCAUUUCUCAUUAGAAUCAUUGUCAAGAUGACCAUCCUUGUAUUUAAAUCAUUAAAGUCACUUGAAAAGA